AAUUUCGAAGGCAUUAAUAGAGAAUUAUGGUGUACGUACGUAUUACUGAUUCUUGUAGUACAUGAACCCAAAAGUAGUAAUCCUUAGACGUAUGUAAUGAAAGAGAUAAGAAUUAAUAAUAGUUUUUUUAGUCAAGAAAAUUAGCCACAAUCUAAAUUAGAGAUAAGAAUUAAUAAUAGUUUCCGGCGACAAAAUGACGGUGGACCACCGGCGUCUGGUUCCUUUUCUCGUCAGGGUCACUGUGAACUAGGUGGAAAUGAACUCAGCCGACUCGCCGGACUGCAAUCCGAUCCGCAGCCACAAGAAGAAGACCCCCUCCUCAAAUUCAUCGAUUACUCCAGAUCCGCUCUCUCGCCUGAAACCGACGAAGAUUCGUCGGAUCCGAACAAAAAUGGGGCGGAGACCUGCAGUGCCUACUCCAGCGGCGUUACGGCGGCGAUUUUGCUCUCCGAUCUCUCACAGGCUUGUGAAGAAAAUGCUAGAAUGCGUGAAGCAAUUGCAAAAGAAGAAUAAGCUAAGGAAGCAUUCGAACACUGUGACCAUUGAUUCCAUUUACAAGAAGAAUUUCUUGUCCUUGAAUAGUGUGUUGGAAGCAGUGAUUGUCGACAUUUUUGUUCUCCCUGGUAAUCUGGUGACUGAGGAACUGUAGAAUUAAAGGAAAGAUGGCUUCUUUUGGUUGAAAUGUCGUUUGUUUAUCUGUGUAGCUUUGGUGAUUUCGAUUGGAUGAUGCUUUGGUGAA